AUGGCGUAUGGUGUUGGGGCUGACAUCGUUGACGAAUAUGUCCGACUAGCUGAAACAACUGCAAGAAAUUGUUUGUUCCAAUUUACCGCCGAAAUUAUCCACUUGUUUGGCGGUCAAUACCUAAGAGAUCCUACGCCCGAGGAUCUGGAAAAAUUACUAUAUGUUGGAGAACAACGUGGUUUUCCAGGUAUGAUUGGAAGCAUCGACUGUAUGCAUUGGGAGUGGAAGAAUUGUCCGGCCGCUUGGAAAGGAAUGUAUUCACAAGGACACGAAAAAUCAACAAUUGUGUUGGAGGCGGUAGCUUCUCAAGACCUCUGGAUAUGGCACACGUUUUUUGGAGCUCCAGGUACUUUGAACGAUCUUAAUAUUCUUGAUCGAUCACCUGUUUUUGAUGAAAUAAUUAACGGAAACGCUCCCGAAGUCAAUUUCCAUGUCAACGGAAGGGAAUACGGUUUGGCUUACUUUCUUGCCGAUGGUAUUUAUCCGAAAUGGGCUACUUUUAUUUAA